GGUCUAUUUAAAUUCCCCGGGGGGGCGGGGCUGUUGCCGCCGUCCGUUGGUGCGCGCGCUGCGGCGCCAUGGGCAGUGCUGAGGAGAGAGAUUGGGUGGAUGUUGCCAAUGAUCUUUUAAGGAGCUGUCACAUAAACCAGCACAUAAAGCAUCUCUCAGAAUGUGGUGCUGAUGUGUUUGUUCGUCUUUAUGAGUCGAUCUUAGGAGAAAAAGUACCAGAUUUCAUAGCUACUCCUAGAAGCCAAGAGGAUGAUGCACAUAAUGUACAAGCAGUAAUAGAUUCCCUGGCAUUGGACUAUUUGCAGGUCAGCUUGUCACACAUCACUGGUGAGAACAUUGUGAAAGGAGAAGGGGAAUCUAUCAGAAACCUCCUUGAAAUAUUUGAUGGUUUGUUAGAGUAUCUUACAGAAGAAGUCAGUGAAUCUUCCUCUCAGAAUGGAGAUGAGGCAAAUGUGCUAUCCAAUAAUGGAAUUAAAAUUGCAUCUCAAGAGCAGCUGGAAAGCAAUGCCGGUCAAUUUACGCAAGCUUCAACAUUCUCAUCAACUGAAGGGUCCCAGUCAGAAUUUUUUGUUCCGUCUUGUGAUGUGGAUGGAUCAGAAUCUACCAGUGAAUUAAUUAGACUUGGAGAGACUGCACAUUCAUUCUCCAAGAGAGAGGGAGGAUCAAUGGAGUCUGUUCAUACUACUGAACCUCAAAAAGAAAGCUUAAGUGCCAGUGCUACAAAACUUGGGGAGCCUACACUGCAAGCUGUUCCUUUGCUACCACCAUUUCAGCCUUCCGAAGCCAAAACUCAUUAUCCUGGAUGGAGAUAUUAUCAGAGCUCAGACAGCCAGUCAGCAACUUUGGCUAACAGUGAAGGAGUGAAAAUUCCUGCUCUUGAAAAGUCACUUAUACAAAAAUCUGACGAUGUUUCUGGUAGUCUUCCUCUAUCAAGAAAAAUCCCUGGAGGCACAGUGCAGUCUACACCAUCAACUAACACUGAUCUGUCAUCUGCUUCUGCAGUGGGAGACAAGGUGGUAUCAAAUGGUGCUAAGGACAAUGUGGCAAAGGUUCCCUGGGUAUAUGGGACUUCAUCUGCUUCCUCUUUACAUGAAAAGCUCCCACUACAUGCUGAACAAGUAACACAAACUCCAAGACCUGAAUCUAGAUAUCUGGCUAGAAAAAAAAGCAGAUCUGAAAAUUCUACCACAGAUCCACUUGAAGAAUCUCUUUCCCAGAGAACAACAAAGGAAAAGCUAUCUGAGCAAGAGCUUCAUGAAGUGUCAGAAAAACUCUCUUACAGGCUAAACGAACUAGAUUUAAUGUUAAAGAAAGCUUUGGAUGGACACACCAGGGAAGAGGAGUUGACAGAUGAAGACAACCUGUCUCAGCACAGUGACAGCGUCAUGGAUUAUCGCCGAAGGAAAGCUGAACGAGACACACCACAUCUAAGGUACCCAAGGAGGCCACGAUCCCUUUCUCCAUCCUCACCCUCAUCUCAGCAUCAACUCUUUUCUGAGUCGGAAGAUAAACUUUGGAGUAAUGGAACAGGCCAAAUAAGGAAAAUACAGAGCCAGCUGCAAAAAGAAAAGGAUGGAAGAACGAAAAAAGCAAAGAUGGUCGCUAAAGCUUACGAAGAUGAACUAAGAAUUUAUGAAGCUAGGGAGAGGCUUAGACUUUCCAAGCUCAGAGAAGUCAUCAAAGAAAUGGAACAAGAACACAAAGAAAACAUCUUUAAAGAACCUCCAAAAAUGCCUCAGCCAGUGAAAGUUUAUGCUAGAAAAACCACACCUCGGAAUCCCAAAUACAGCCAGUGGAUUCCAAAACGAGGGACUGUGAAGCCAAAGAAAGCAGCUCCAAUGAAAGUAAGACAUGAUGACCUCCUAUUUCAGCUACUGGAAGAGUUUCCCCACCUGCAUAUUUCCCACCAUACUAUGAAUAAAAUGUGGCGGCAGCAGCUCAUACAUACUGAACAACUUAAGGCAGGUUCUGGCAGAAUGAGACCAAAACUCCAAAAUGAAGUUCAACAAGCCCUGAAGAAGCAUGAGCUUCUUGUUGCAAUUAUUAAAAAAGAUCAAGACCAUAACAAGAGACUGCAAGAACUUAAGCAACGUAUCUGCCAACAGAAAUGGGCUCAGAAUAAACUGAGAGAGAAACGCCAGCAAAUUGCUCGAGCCAGGAAAUAUUAUGAAGAUUACCGGGUUCAGCUGCGUGCCAAGAUGAUGCGGGCUAGGACACGGGAAGAAAGGAUAUUUAAAAACUUAUUUGAAGAAGGCUUAGAAAUUCAGAAGCAAAGACUCAAGGACCUGAGAGCAUAUGCUCAAGAGAAGCGUGCUGAGCAAAGGAGAGAGCACCAAAAUGAGUUGGAGUCUAUGGAGAACUACUACAAAGACCAGUUUUGCAUGCUAACAGAAGCUUUAUCUCAAGAACGCCAAGAAAUCCACACCAGAGAAAAAGCACAAGCACAAAUGCUACAGAAAACAAAAAGAGAACUGAGAUCAAGGAUGGAAAAGGAAAUACAGCAGCUGCAAGCAGCAAUAAUGCAAAGUGACGAUGACACCUUUUUUCAAGAGCUAGAAGCAGACAGACUGAAAUCUAGACUUCAGCUGGCUUGCUUUCAGUACAGCAAAAGCCAUUUCUUUUAAGACUUACAGUAAAUAUCACUGCAGUUCUCUCAGAAUCUUUUACAGCAGCUCUUAAAGGAAGAUGGUAUGUGGCUGUGUUUCUCUCAAAUACCUGGUCUGUCAUUUUGACAUGUCAGAGGUGCAGUUGCUGGUUAUUUGGAGUCUCUACAGCAGUUUUAUGAUUACCAAUAAAGUUUUUAAACUACUUUCUACCUUCUUAACAAGGCUGAGAUAAUGUUGAGCUCCACACAAAGGAAGUGGGAUGAAGUCAGCGUGCUUCAGUGAAGUUAUCGUAGUGGAACAGUUGAAUGCUAAGCCUCCUCUACACCUCUGCUGAUUCUUAUUGCUGGAGUUGAAAAGCUGCACUAACACCUUUAGCCAGAAGUGACUGAAGUAGAAUUCUCACAAACAACAAGUAGAUCUUUAAAAGAACAUCAGUGGUUCCAGUUCCCUUUGGAAGGGCAAGUUAAAGUACCUGUAGUAAGCCUGACAUAAAAAUCAGUAAUUUUAAUAGAUUAAGCAAGGGAGGGCCACUUAUUCUACACAAUAGUAUGCUUGCAAUUUUGGUGUUGCUGGCUUGUUAAUGGCAAAGCAUAUAAAGUACUGGAGAAAGUAGUCUGAACAAGGAAAAAAGCUUGUGCAAGAACUGAAAGCUGGGAAAGACCUGUGGACAGCAUUCCUCAUCAUUUUCAGCAGGCGUAUAUUAACAGGUGCAUGCUCUGUAGGUAUUUCAAGUGUUGGAUUUCACACAGGGUUUUUGAAGCCAGGUAAGCCCACAUGUAAACAAGCAAAGUAUUGUUCCAGUUGAUCUAUUUCAGAAAGGAGCCAUAGCAAUGCUAUAUGCAAAUGUACAAGCAAUAACAAGUAGUUUACCAUGUUUGCUCUUAGAAGCCAAUUACUUGGACAAAUGUUUUGCAAGAGUACUUCUAUUUAGUACCCUGUUUAACUUAUUUAGGGAGAAGCAGAUUAGUUCAAGUUCUGCAGCAUGAAGCUGGAGUAAAUAGUGAUUAAAAAUUCCAACAUGUGGCUUUUACCUUCAGGGUGUAGUGUCUGCCUCAGGGCAGAGUAGGAGCUGACAAUAGGCCCUACACUUGCCUUCACAGAAUCGUGUGCUAUAAACACCACAUUAUUGUGUAGAAAAUUCAAGUUUUAGCAGCUGUGCAUUAUGGGCCCUGUGAGAUGUAAACAUGGAGGGAUGAAUAGGGAAAACACCACAUAAAGCCAAGCUGGUAAUUAAUGAAGCCCAUUACUGGAUAUGUUCUCUUCUGCUUUUUGCAAUUUUAAAGUAGUUUCUCUUAGUUCAUCCUCAUUACUAAAGUGUAAUAUUAAGCAGGCUCUAGUAGAAGAGUUCUUACAUGCAAUUUUAAGAGUGAGAAGUGAUAUAAGCAUACUGGAAUUAAUUGCAUUGUAUAUACAAUAUUUAGAGCUUGCCAUGAGAGAUGGUGUCUGUUACAUCGACACCGACAACAUACUCAGUGAAUUAAGACUCAUGCAUUGAGAAGGGGGAAAAAAAAGCCCCCAGCAGCUGGAGAUGCUUCCUUUACAGAUUAAACAAAACAGCUGGCAGUUAGAACAUGAUAUACCUCACUUUAAAAAAAAAAAACAAAACCCAAAACAAACCCCAAAAACUUCCACAAUACCAGAAACCCACACCCUGACUUCCUUAACAACCCUGUCCAGGGCGUUACUAUAAGCCAGGCUCAUUUGAAGUCUUUAUCUAGGGGACAAUAUUUACCAGCAAAGUUGAUCAAAUUUAACAAGUAAUUACCAAGUUUAUUCACCUUUUUUCUUCCCUUAAGGAAGAGGGUUUAGCUUUGCUGAAUUUUGAGGAGAUAUGUUCACCAAUGCUGAGAGAAAGUCCUUGCCAAGACACACGUACACCAUUACACAAGAGCCAAAUGUAAGACCCUUUUUGUUUGACUACAACUUUUAGCACAAUCCUUAGUGUAGGUAACUGCAUGUAGAAAGACAUCAAGUUUUAAGUAUUUUCUCCUGAAACAAAGUUGAGUUAAUUAUUUAAAUGUAACUAUAAUUUUUAAGUAAGAAAAACUUAAAACUUUUAAAACCAUUGAUGCUGUGACAGUGCAAACAGCAUACAAUUUAUUGCUCAACUUCUGCAUGGGUACAUACAUUAAGUACUUAAAAACCAUUUUAUACAGAUUUUUUUUUUGUUAAAGCUCAUGUAACAGCUGGGUGAAGGUACAAUGAUAUCAAUGCUAAAACACUCUGUAAUAAAUACAAUGGAAAUAAUAAACUAAGAACUGUCAGUUUGUGGAGGAGUAAUUACACUUGUAUAAACUAAUUACAACUAGACAAAGCUCUGAGGAUGUGGUAGAGCCAGAAACCUACUACAUAGUGUAAAGUACAACAAAUGGCACCUGUUAACUAUAUGGUGCUGUUUAAAAUCUGAAGCAAUUGGAGCAUGCUACAUUAAGCUGUAUGAUGCAUACUUAUGAUAUAGAAGCAAAGCUUUUACUUCCAUCAAUGCAGCCAGUUUAAACGCACCAGAAGUUCAAUACAGAUGUAGUGUUGUAGAACAAGAAUUUAAGAACAGCUUGUGUGCUCUGGACUUUAGUACAACACAAAAAUUUGGUACAAAUAAAUCAGUUUAGGGAAACUGAAACUAUGUGCAAAAAAAUUAGAAUACAUACUGUACAAAGCACCAUUACAAAACUCUUUACACCGAGAAAUUAAAUCCUCUGAAACUCAACUGUGUUCUGUAUAUUUGAAAUCUACAAAAGUCACUGUUCAUAAUUAAACAUUCAUAAUGAAAAGCAACAGCAUAAAACCAUGAUGUGACAUCUCUCUAAAACAACUAAAGACUGGAUAAAGUAAAACCCAGUAAGAGGGACACAAUGAAAUAAAUAUUCACAUUAAUCAUGGGGUGAAAGUCCAAGGUUAAAAUGCAAUGUUAGGCUUAGCACCUUUUUGAGGGGAAAGUAGCUGACAUGAUCUUGAAAAAAAUUUUGUAAAGGAAUCAACCCUUUAACAUUUUCAGAUAAACAUCUGACUAGGUGAUGAGGUGCUUCAGUUAAAGCUCUCAGUCAUGAAGGUAGAAAGGCACUCAAAACACUUGGUAUAUUCAUCCUCAUCUGUCAGCUAUGGGAAGUCAAAUGUAGAUUUAUCUAGUUUUGCCUAUAAUAUAUUACAUUUACAAUAUUCAUCUGUGGCAGUUAAAAAAAAUUCUCUUUGCCAUACCAAAAUGUUUGGUAGAACAAACAGAUGUACUGCUAAGGCUGCUGUGAAAAUGGAUGGUAUUUUAUCAGUUGAUCUAGGGUCUAUAUUCUGCAGAGCUCAUCUCCUCCCUCCACAAAAAUGCUUUUAAGACAUAAGGGUGGCCAUAACUAUGCAUUCAAUAAAUUUACCAGCCUAAGCAGGCUGACAGGGAGCAGGUUCCUGGGAGGUGGGUAUAGAUGAUGUGGUCAGGAGACACUCCAGAGACAGUAUUUAAAUAGUGCUGAGGUGAGCUGUCUGGUGCAAAGCAGACAGCAGCAUACCUUCCCCCUUGAAUCACCUAACAGAGACCUGACUCCUCCCAAAAGCUGGAUCAAACUGGAUUUUACAUGUUUAAUGUUUCACGACCAGGGAGGCUGCAAGCCAUAGCCUGAGCAAGAGCCAGGGGGCAGGAAAUCACACAACACGGAAUAUCUGUCCUGUGAACAGUGGUCAGAACAACCUGUCUCUGUAAAGUCUCUGUAAAUAGUAAUUCACAUCAUACCUCAAAACUUGCAGGGAGUGUCUAAAGCAGUAGUCCCAACCACGGGCAGCAGUACUGAGCGAGAAACACAUGGGGCAACAACCUACUCUGCAACCAGGACACGUGUAGUGGCAGCGUCUCUGGUAACGGUAUUACCUGAAAGCUGUGAAUUAGGGAUCCCAACUGGAGAUGCAAAGGUACCAGCCAUUUUACAUGAGUGCAAGAGUCCCUUGAAAUGAAGGAAAAAAAGGGGUCUGAUAUAUUUCAAACCUGGCUGUCAAAGGAAGUUUCUUGGCUUUAUGUUUACAUCCCUAAGUAGCCUCAUCUCUGCAGCCAGCCCAGAAUGGGAAGCAAGGCUUUUAGAACAAACCUUCCAGCAACAGCUGUACAAAAAAAGAAAUAUUAAUCAAAUAAACAUGUGGAUUUGGCUCACCAGAUUCUUACCACAAUUCUACAAAAGUAGUCCAUUGCCCACUAUUCUAAUACACAACACCAGUAGUAGUUUACUCCUUGUGGCAGUCAGAUUUGGCAGGACAAAAUUAAGUUCAAGCUCCACAGAACAGACAGAAAAUUAGCUAGUUCGCUGUGAGACUUACACUGCAAAAAUGGAAAAGCUGUCUACAUCCCAUUCUUUGAGCAUUUUCUCCUCACUGGCAGUGUAAAAAUAGUGCAGAUUUGAUGAUUAAUUGUAGCCUAAGGUCAAAAAAACCACAACACUGAUUGGAAAAAACCCGCUACUUAUUCCAAAUAUUCUCACGGCUGAGAGAACGCCACCAUCUCUUAAGCAGACCGAUUUAUCUACACACCAUGAGCAGAUCAUAACUGAGAAUUCCCAAACUAACCUCAAAGUUCAGUUCCCUCUACUGGUAGUGCAUUUUAUUCCUCUUUGAAGAGAUCAACCCAUGUUAUAUUUCAUAUAUAUAUAUAUACUUACUUCCAUCCCUACAAUCAAUAAAUUAUGUGCUUUUAAAACCUCAUUUUCAAAGCACAUUACACAUAUUUCAGUUAAUACACCAUUUUUCCUUAGUUGUAACUUAAACCCACAUGUCAUGAGCAGCUAGACAAAGAUUACAACAUGUUUUACCUGAUAAAUCUUUAGCAUCAACAAAUACAUAAUGUGAUUUGGCUGCAUUCAAACAAACUUUGGUUGACUGGACAGGAUGGGUUCUGAAACGAACUGCUGACAGGCUUCUGCUGUCAAACAUCGCCUCAUCAGCACGCUUAAAAAGUUGAAAAAUGCAGUGUUUAAAGUCAAAAGCAACACAAAAUACUCUUGACAGACUUGUUAGAAAAAUGCUGUUAUAAAAAAUCAAAACGUCUACUAUUCAUUAAAAAAGGUCUAUUCCAUGUGUUAACACAAGUACUGUACCAAACACAGUAUGUGUCACUCACACUAGAAAUUUUGUUUAAGGAAUCUGACAAGUGAUAUAAAUAGGACCCCAAAACAUCGUAUUUGCAAUUCAUGCCUGAAAAAUAUAAAAAAAGCCCCCUGUGGUAACAUUUAAGUUCGAUUUACAUUGCAGAAUAUAAUGUGUUACUAUAAGAAAAUGCAGUUAACAUGUUAAGUGGCUUUAAUUAAAAAGAUUAAUGAUUCUUUCAGCCAAUUUUAUGCAAAGUUAGAAUAAUCCAAAAUAUUUUUUCCAAAAAUAGCAGGUAUAGAUGCUGUUCAGUAUCAUACAUUUAAAACAGGCUGAAACGUGACUUGUACCGACUGCUGAAGUUGUGUCUUGGUAUCUGAGAAUAGAAAUCAGGUAGGCAAAUAUAAUAGAUUACCUUUUACAAAAAUAGUAGUAGUCUUUAAGUAUAGAAUACUGCUUAACUGUUGAAAUGUAGGAAAAGUCAGCAUUCUGUAUGUUCAAGAUACUAGUUUUUAAUAGCAGCUGAAUGAUCCUAUGGCAGGAACCACAGAACCUAUUUUCUUGGAAAAAAAAAAAUUAAAAAAAAAAUUCCAAAGUUGUCCUUUCCCUCCCAGUGUCCUAGUGUAGAAAAGGGAAAGUUUCCUGUAUUUCAAGCAUUUCUUGAGUCUUGGCUGAGGGUAGGGCUUUCUGGCUGACAGGAGUAUAAAUAGAGUCUCAGGUAAGCCUGGGAAGGGUCAUUCCACAGCAAACCCACAUGUUUCUUCAAUGGCAGUUAGCAGCUUCUCGUAUAGCUUGUCAUAGCUUUCGUAAGGAGGAAUGUCUAUUCGGUUAAAGCUGUGGAUAGAAAGCAGAAAAGUUUCAGCGAUCUGGAACUUCAAGCAAAGUUCUGUUACCCUUCAUUUGAUGUACUUGAAACAAUGACAAAGUCCCACUUAACAAGGCCAACAGAACUUCAUAUAAUAAAAGCAAUUCUAGUUUUCACACGUCUACUACUCUGUAAUGGAGAGCAUUUGUUAUGUCAGAAAAGGAGGGGGGUGGAAAAAACCAAAAAGAGAAAAGACUGCUCAAAAUACAGAGGCAGCAAAUUGGUCUUUAUCUAUAUCACAACAGAGACCUGAAAAAGUCUUACCAGGUAUGAGCUUUCGGCAAAUUAUUAGUGCUGGCAUCAAUCUGGUGUAUUGUGAAUAGUCGUGGGCCUGCAGCACCUGAAAAUCCAGAAAAGAUCUCUACUACUACUGUAUUCAUAAUAUGAAAUUUCUUCCUUGCACUGCAACAACAAAAAAGUAACUAUAACCACAAAAAGAGAGAAGCUAUGCACAAAGAACGCUGAAACCAUAAGUGGGCAGGACAAAAGUUAAACUCUCAGUGCCUAUCAGGCAGAUUCCUUCCCUCUACCCACACACAGUAACCAGGCAGAUAUCUAAACCAUUGAAAGAUAAAGAACAAAACACUGAUAAGGAAGAAUAAAAUACCUGUUAUACACAGUGCACUACAGAAUUCUAACAGUUUUUAAUUUAGCUUCUCUCGCUCUCCCUAGAGAGCAAAAUUUACACAACAGCUGUAUCUGUCCCCAUUUUAUAGCAGGUCUUGGGUAGUGGCCAAUUCCAUUCAAAUUCAAUACAGUCACAAUACCCGCUUCUUAUAAUUUUGUUAAAUUAAUCUGACUAUACACAGAUCCCCUUAAUCUCUCUGCUAAAGAAAAGACUGCAGCACAGCAGACUUUUAGACUUAGUGUACGUUGAAGAUUUCCCAAAGGGCAUAAGAGGUUACAAAUGCCCUAACCUUAGUAAAACUGGAAUUCUUGCCUGAGUAGACAGAUACUAAAGAAUAUAAUCCACAGGGUCAGGCUUUCUCAUAAGGACUCUGCUGUUAAGAAUGUGAGCUGCUUGUGCUGUGUUAGUACAGCUUGGUCUAAAACCUGACAACCUUCACUGUCUGUAGCAAAGCAGGCUUCAUCUGCUCACGGAUCUACCUCUUACAUCAGCUUAUGGUCAGUGUUUCCCCUGGCAGGUUUGUCUCAUCUUGUGAGCGGGUGAAAUAGGGUAACUAUCGUGGUACAGAGCAGGACGGGCUGCAGCCAGAGCGGCUACAACAGACCCAGAGCUUCGACCGAAGCUCAGAGGACAGGUCGGUAAUUAAGGUGAUCGCUUCCGAUGCCUGGGCGGCCAGUGAUCAUGUCACUCUUACAAUAAAAGUAGUCAGCGUUACGAAGCACCUCUGCUGUCAGACCUGCGAGAACACAGAACACUGCAUGGUGGUGUUUUCAGGUCCCAGAGCUGUACAGGUGACGAGGGCUUGUAAAAGAUUAAAAUCAAAAACCAGGCUUCCAGAGAAAAAAAAAACAUAAGGAGAACCCCACUAAGAUCUCAGCUGAUCACAACUUCUUGCCAGAGAAGGAAGUUCGUAAUUGAAACAAAAGAGCCUUUUACAACUGAAUAACAAGAUGAUAAACACACAAAAAAGACCACUUGUGGUUGAUAUUCAUCAGACCAUUAAAAAUCGCCCUUAAGAACUCACACCCCAGCCUCAUUUUCAGCUAAUGUUUAUGUGAUGUGUCCUAUCGCUUCCCCCAAGCACAGGCAUUUGCAGUUACUUCUGGAGAAACGUUACCUUGUAAUGCCUUGAAACCCUGCAGAGGCACUCUGGAUGAGCCAGUCACAAACUGGAGAAGUCUCGCUCUCCUCUCCUCAUCAAAGAACUCCACAGCUUUCCAAAACCAUUUCACGAUAUUGCUGUCUGGGGUACAGUGUUUUAACCUAGUAUUUGCCUUCCAGUCAUUAACAUCAAUUUUUCCCAGUCCACAAAUGAUGAGCUGUAAAUUUAAAAUAUAUUUAAUCAUUCAUCAAUAUAAAAAUGGUUUUGGAGCUAGUCAAAUGAUGAAUAACUGAUUUUGAAAAAUUUGACAGAUUUUAUACCAAAAGCAAAUUAUAACCUCCCGCUAAUCUUAACCAAUGCAGAAAUGUAACUUUUAUUUUUUCUUAAUCUUACUUUUGUACACAAUCCAUUUCUUAAAUGGCCUCAAUUCUAAUUUAGAAAAAAAAUUUCAUAAGCUCAUAUGCAAGUAUCUUGACCUGUCAAUAAAACAGCAGAAGCACAGAUUCUACCCGUGUGAAAGCGCAUGCAUAAUUCAUUUGAACUCAGUAUUUCAUUCCAGCGCAUAGCCAAGGGUGUAGGUUUGGCUGGGCCAACUCUGGUCCCCCAAAAGAAAUCUUGUCUUGUCAAACCACACGUGUAAUACAAAUCAGACUUCUCUCCUGACAACGAGCUUUCAGCACUUCUACAGUGGAGAUCCACAAUGGAUCAAUUUAAACUCAACAGGAUAUGAUUAUGAAGAUAUCUUGUGACUAAGAACACUGGACCUUCCCCUUUCUGAUUCUGCAUCUGCAAAAUUAUUCGGGGUUAACAGUACAUCUGGCUCACCGCUGUUGAAUGAUAAUAUUCAGGAUAAGAGAAGAGCAAUCACUGACAUUCCAGUCCAGCGAACAGAAGAAAGUGUCAAUAAUUUACCUUGUGGCCAUUUUAUGUGGCGAAAACCUCAGCUGCACAGCUAACAGGCUGCAUAUGAGAUUUCACUUUUAAAACAAGCUUGGGAUCUAUGGGAUUUGCCUUCAGAGGAAACUGUUUGGAUGCUGAUCUUGACAUUUUGUUGCACAUUUGUCCGGGACAGCACCAGACAGCACCUUCCCUUACACUGUAUUUACAGGGCCAAUUUCAUCUGGCAUAACGCAGCUCUGCGAAACUUCAUAGCUGCUCGACACCCAGGCCAGUGCAGUGGGAAGGGCUGGGAGCAGGUGGUGGGAGCUGGAAGGGAGCGACAGACUAUUGUCCUGGCAGCACUGAAUUUUAUAUCAUGACACUGCACCGUAAGAAAUACGCACCACCAUCACCUCUGCUGAAGUAACACACUCUGAAACAAUCUGAGGUCACUGCAGUUACUUCUCUGUAGGUUCAGCUGUGUUUUCAGGUAUAGGAGAGGGUCUCCUCUUCUACCACUUCUGCAGUUGCCAGGAAAUGUCACCUUGAGACACACUCUCAAGGCUCUCGGUGGAAGGCGCAUGCAGUCUCAGUGACUGUGUGACCUGGUGACCUCUUACGCUAACUGUAUUUCUUGUAAUCGCGCACCUGCAGCCCCCUAACGCGCUGGGGAUACAGCUCCGCGUGCUAGUCAGCCUCAGAAGAAUGCCUCAGGCUUUCAUUGUUACAUUUGAUGACAUAAAGUAACAUUAGUGGACUGACCUCUAACUCUUUCUCAUCAAAUGUCUUCAGCAGAUGUUGUGGGAUUACUUCAUUAAAUCCCUUCUGUAGAGCCAGAAACUGAGCUUCAAUUCCUCGUAAAAAUCGCCAGUUUACAUAAAGUCUGCAAGCAAGUGCAAAUUGUUUUUGUGAAAGGUGUAUUCAAGUACAAUAAACCUGCAAUUUAUCCAGCCAAAAAAAAAAUGGCCUUACUGACGGGGUACACACAGCAUCGCUCCUGCGCUACCACUUUGAAGAAACCCCGACAACAGAACACUCUCAAGUACUUCAAAUAGGUGAAAAGUUUCUCCCCACCAUAGGUAAUAAGUGGCGUACCUGACAUAUUCCUUUUUGUUUUCCUCUGUCACGGGGAUGCUCUUGCCAUUGGGUUUCAGUUCAUGUUGAAUAAUUUCCCCGUAUGCAUUGUGUUCUACACAAAACGUAUGGUCCAAGACACCUGUGAUAUCAUUCUCACUGGGGGGGGG